UCGUGUCGUCGCUCGUCAUCGUUCGUCGCCGCGAAGACAAACGAGCGCGUCGCGUUGCGUCACAUGGACAUUUAUACACGAAUGACACGGUUGACAACUCGUCGACCGUUGACCAGCAUGCCACGCUUCGCCGCCACUUCGAGUGAGACAGUCUGGAAUCGCCGCGAGAGGAGAUGCUGUCGGCGUGGAUCCACGAUUAUUAUGCACAUUAUAUUCACGUAAAUGUCAAACGCGGGGAUGUCGCGCGCUCCACAGACGAUAUGACACCGAAACGUCUCGUUUCCCUCGUCUUUAUUCUCGGGAUCGCUGUCGCCGGCAUCAGCACGCUGCUGUCAAAAUACAUCCUGGGCGUUCUGUCCACGGAUUUUCGAAGUAAACCGUUAGGAGAGGAACUUGAUCACAGCCACUCUAUAUUUAUACCGCUUCCGUCAGAAGAUAUUUUAAGUGUCCACGAUGAUCAUACGCUCUCCAUUCCAUUCAGUAAAACUGAGCUUGAUCAGAAUCACUGUACAGUUGCAUCAGUAACAGAAGCCUUAGCAUCUUUGCAUUCAGCUCUAGAUAUGAAACUAUCUGGGAAGCAAGAAAAAGCUAUAAAAUUAUUUCAACAUGCAGUGGCAUUGGCACCUUGUCAUCCUGACGUUUUGAAUCAUUAUGGAGAAUUUUUAGAGCAUACUCAAAAGAAUGUGAUUAAGGCUAAUGAGUUUUACGUGCGUGCUUUAACUUACAAACCGAAUCAUGAAGGUGCUUUAAUAAAUAAUCAAAGAACGGCUCGUGUGGUUAACGAGCAUGACAGAGCAAUGCUCAAGCGUAUUGAUGAUAAGAGGAAUACACUGUCCAAUAUACCUGAUAAUAAUGCUGCAUUGAUACGUGCUAAAAAAGAAGCUUAUUUUCAACAUAUCUACCAUACAGUUGGAAUUGAGGGAAACACCAUGAAUCUAGCACAGACCAGAGCCAUAGUUGAGACCCGUAUUGCAGUUUCUGGAAAGAGUAUCGAUGAGCACAAUGAAAUCCUUGGAUUAGAUGCUGCCAUGAAAUAUAUCAAUUCGACUUUAGUUAAUAGGGUAGGAUCCAUCUCUAUAAAAGAUAUAUUAGAGCUACAUAGACGUGUAUUGGGACACGUAGACCCUGUUGAAGGUGGUCAGUUUCGAAGGACUCAGGUAUAUGUUGGCGGACAUAUACCGCCAGGUCCCGGAGAUAUACAUUAUCUGAUGGAAGAGUUCGUGUUAUGGUUGAAUAGCGAACAAGCCAUCAGAAUGCAUCCAGUGAGGUAUGCAGCUCUCGCACAUUACAAAUUGGUGCAUAUACAUCCAUUUACUGAUGGAAACGGUAGAACGUCUCGCUUACUCAUGAACAUGAUUCUUAUGCAAGCUGGAUAUCCACCUGUUAUUAUCCACAAACAACAUCGUCAUAAAUAUUACGAAUAUUUGCAAUUAGCCAAUGUCGGAGAUGUUCGACCGUUUAUCAGAUUCAUAGCGGAAUGCACGGAGCAAACAUUGGAUUUGUUCUUAUGGGCGACUAAUGAAUUUUCUCGUCAAGUCCCUGCACUAAGUCAAGAAACUUUGUUUACGGAUAGGCAAAAUACGAUUAUUUUAGAAGAUAACAGUAAUGAUAUACUAGAAGAUUGAAAACUAAUUGCAAUCAACAUUUGUGAAGUAUUUUUGAGACCAAAGAAUGUUAAAAAAUUUAUACUCGAUAUCACUAUUUAUUGUUAAUUGCAAUUUUUAAAAAAAAUUUAACUAGGCUUGAAUAGUAUGAUUUUAAAAUUGAAAUAUCGAAUGAAAAUAUCAAUAAUUAUAAAUUUUUCCAUGGUACCAGAGUUGAGAAGCAUGUCUGUGUUUGUUGGAUGUGUGAUUCAAGUAUGUUGUGUUAUUUGCUGCCAAUUUUACUGCUUAUGUAAAUACGAAACUCUUCCACUUUAAUAUAAAAUAAUAUAAAAUAAUAUAAAAUAAAUUAAUUUAUAGUGUAUA